GGAGAGGAAAUGGCCCUUCCCGCACUCGUCUCGCACGGUCCCACCUGUUGACCAGACAUGAAAAAGUCCACCACUUCCUCCCGCUGGCCUCAUUUGACCGAAGCGUCCCAGCCCCCUCUCCCUUCCCCUCCACUUUUGCAUUCCGCCUCCGCUCCACCACUCAUCUUCCUCUGGUUCCCUUUUCCUCUUAUCCUCCCCCUCCUCCUCUCCGCAUCCCUUUCUUCCCUCCGCUCCCUCCCCCAUCUGUGGGAAGCCGCUUUGCGCAUGUCGCCGAUGAGUCAAUUUGUGGAGGUUGAGCGCGCGCGCGCACGUGUGCUGUGGUCUCCCAUGAAGGCAUCUGCUUGUGUCUGUCUGUUGCAGCACACGGAGGUGGGGGAGGACCACACAUAGUAGCGGCGGCGGCGGCAGCGCAAGAACGAGAUGAUGCUGAGGAGGAGGAAGAGGCGGACGCAGUGGUGCGGCGUCUCCGCCUGUUGACGGGAGUUUGACAAGCUCGGCGCCAUCCCCCCCCAGCGCCUUCACGUGCGUGUGGAACCAUGGCCGGCGCCCAGCCGGGGGUCCACGCCUUAAAACUCCAGCCCCCCGCCGUGUCCCCGACCCUGAGGAACGGCAGCAACUUCAUCAAAUGGGACGAGGAUCUUUCCACUGUCACUCCUGUGACUCUCUUUGUUGAUCCACAUGGACUUUAUCUCUACUGGACCGACCAAAACAAGGAGACGGAGUUGUUAGACUUGACCCACGUGAAAGAUGUGCGGACAGGCAGAAGCACCAAAACUGCCAAGGAGGCCAAGCUGCGGGAGCUGCUGGACGUGGGCAACCUGGUGGGCCGGCUGGAGAACCGAAUGGUCACCGUGGUGACGGCCUCCGACAUCGUCAACGUCAACCAGAUCAUCUUCAUCGCCUCUCAGGAGGAUGAGGCUAAGGUGUGGUGCGAGGAGCUUUUUUGUCUGUCUUCCAACCUGCUGAGCCACAACCUCAACAGAGACCACAGCCUCCUCAAAGCGUACGUGAAGUUGACUCUGCAGCCCACCGCGGAGGGCAGGAUCCCCGUCAAGAAUAUCGUUCGCUUGUUUUCAUCGGACAGGAAGCGGGUGGAGACCGCCUUGGAGAACUGCCGACUUCCUUACGGGCGGGGCGACGCCAUCAAACUGGACGACUUCCCUCUGGAGGUGUACCAGAGCUUCCUGGAGCACCUCUGUCCUCGUCCGGAGCUGACCACCAUCUUUAAAGUGCAGGGAGGCGAUGACGGCGCCAUGUCGGUGGAUCGGAUGACGGAUUUCAUCAACAACAAGCAGCGGGACCCCAGACUCAACGAGAUCCUCUACCCGCCUCUCAGGCCCGCUCAGACCCAGACGCUCCUCGAAAGGCACCAAAGCGACAAGACGUUGCUGGAGCAGGGCCUGAUCUCCUUGCAGGCCUUCUGCAGUUAUCUGUCGAGCGACGAGAACGGCGUCAUCCCCCCGGACAAACUGGACCAGUCCGAAGACAUGAGCUUCCCUCUGCCGCACUACUUUGUCAACUCCUCGCACAACACGUACCUGACAGCGGGCCAGCUGGCGGGGAGCUCGUCGGUGGAGAUGUACCGGCAGGUGCUGCUGGCCGGAUGUCGCUGCGUGGAGUUGGACGUGUGGAAAGGCCGCACGGCCGAGGAGGAGCCCGUCAUCACGCACGGCUUCACCAUGACCUCGGAGAUCUCCUUCAAGGAAGUCAUUGAGGCCAUUGCAGAGUGCGCCUUCAAGACGUCCCCUUUUCCGGUCAUCUUGUCUUUCGAGAAUCACGUCGACUCUUUGAAGCAGCAGGCUAAAAUGGCAGAAUAUUGUCGAUCGAUCUUCGGGGAGGCCUUACUGAUCGACCCACUAGACAGAUACCCGCUGGAGUCGGGCGUACCGCUGCCCAGUCCUCAGGAGCUGAUGGGAAAAAUUCUCAUCAAGAACAAGAAAUCUCACAAAGCCUCCGCCGGCGACGUCAAGAGGCUGACGGAGCAGCCGGCCAAUCAGGACCCCGAGCCCCUGUCGCCUAGCAACAACGCCACAGAGAUGGAGGCUGAAAGUGAGGAGGACGACGAUGACGAUGAUGACGACGGUAAAAAGGGCUCAGCGGAGCGCGAGGCCGUGGCCACGGAGGAGAUGUCCACCUUGGUCAACUACGUGCAGCCCACCAAGUUCAACUCCUUCGAGGCGUCCAAGAAGGCGGCCCGCUGUUACCACAUGUCGUCGUUUGUGGAGACCAAAGCUCUGGAGCACCUCACCAAGUCACCGGUGGAGUUUGUGGAAUACAAUAAAUCCCAGCUGAGUCGGAUUUAUCCCAAAGGAACCAGAGUGGACUCGUCCAACUUCAUGCCGCAGCUUUUCUGGAACAGCGGCUGUCAACUGGUGGCUCUCAAUUAUCAAACCGUAGGUGAGCUGGAGGCGAGGGUUUGCACAUUUUCUUCCAUGCGGCGGCCGGACAAACACUUUGACCCUUUCACGGAGAACACGGUGGACGGUAUCGUAGCCAACACGCUCUCCGUCAAGGUGAUCUCGGGCCAAUUCCUCACCGAGCGCAGGGUGGGCGUCUACGUGGAAGUGGAGAUGUUUGGGCUUCCUGCUGACACCAGGAGGAAAGCUCUGAAGACCAAAACCUCGCCCAACAACAAUGCCGUCAACCCGGUGUGGGAUGAGGAACCCGUCGUCUUCAAGAAGGUGAUCCUUCCUACUCUGGCCUCGUUGAGAAUCGCCGCCUUUGAGGAAGGGGGCAAGUUCAUCGGCCAUCGCAUCAUCCCCGUGUCUGCCAUACGCCCCGGCUAUCGUUAUAUCGGCCUGAGGAACGAGAAGAACCAGUCUCUGAUUCUCCCCGCCGUGUUCGUCUUCAUGGAAGUCAAAGACUAUGUCCCGGACACUUUUGCAGACGUGAUCGAGGCUCUGUCCAACCCCAUUCGAUACGUCAACCUGCUGGAGCAGCGUUCCAAGCAGCUGGCCGCUCUCACGCUGGAGGACGGAGACGUCGACGCGCAGACCGAGGACGAAGCGGACGGCUGCUCUGAGCGUAAAAACGAUCCCAAGUCGCCGUUGAUGGAAAACGGACUGAGCCCGGUCCCCGGACCGGCGGGCCACGCUCCCGUCGCCGCGGCACCCAAAGCCUCUGCGGCCAAUCAGCAAGCAGCUCCAACAGAUGCGGCCAAACCAGCAGCAAAGAAUGAAGAUUUGGUGUUAAGCGUUCUGAUAGACCUGCCCGUGUGCACGCUGGCCAGCCUGCAGCAGUCCAAACUGUACCAGAAGGAGCAGCGGCGUCAGUUCAAGGAGCUGAAGGAGCUGGUGAGGAGACACCAGAAGAAGACCUCGGAGCUCCUGCGAGACAUCAACAACAAGUACAAGAAGGCGGCCAGACGGUGCAGCAAGAGCAGGUGGGAAAGCGCACAUUUUGCCCUCGUGAUCCUUCCUACUCUGGCCUCGUUGAGAAUCGCCGCCUUUGAGGAAGGGGGCAAGUUCAUCGGCCAUCGCAUCAUCCCCGUGUCUGCCAUACGCCCCGGCUAUCGUUAUAUCGGCCUGAGGAACGAGAAGAACCAGUCUCUGAUUCUCCCCGCCGUGUUCGUCUUCAUGGAAGUCAAAGACUAUGUCCCGGACACUUUUGCAGACGUGAUCGAGGCUCUGUCCAACCCCAUUCGAUACGUCAACCUGCUGGAGCAGCGUUCCAAGCAGCUGGCCGCUCUCACGCUGGAGGACGGAGACGUCGACGCGCAGACCGAGGUCAGAAAGGAAGAAAACUCUUUCAUUGAUGCGGCCAAACCAGCAGCAAAGAAUGAAGAUUUGGUGUUAAGCGUUCUGAUAGAAAACCACAAGGGGCGUCGCCGUUUGCCAGCUAUCACUGUGGCGUUUGCUACGCACCCUGGUUUUAAGGUCGGGGUUUUUGCUCCCGCUGGGGAAGAGGGCUGUCUGCGGGCCCCCGCCCCAGACUUUGCCCACCUGCUGUGUGAUCGUUCAACUGUGCUGUUGACAGACCUGCCCGUGUGCACGCUGGCCAGCCUGCAGCAGUCCAAACUGUACCAGAAGGAGCAGCGGCGUCAGUUCAAGGAGCUGAAGGAGCUGGUGAGGAGACACCAGAAGAAGACCUCGGAGCUCCUGCGAGACAUCAACAACAAGUACAAGAAGGCGGCCAGACGGUGCAGCAAGAGCAGGAGCUCGUCGUCCGAGGAGCCCGACGAGCAUCUCCGGUCGCUGCGAGACGAGCAGCACGAGCAGCUUGUGGCGCUCAGGCAGGAGCAGUACUACAGCCAAAAGUACCUGCAGAGGGAACACGUCAAGACGCUGAACGAGCGACUGAGCAGCCUGGCCGAGGAGAGUCACAGCACGCAGAUGAAGAAACUCAAAGACGUCUGCGGCAAGGAGAAGAAGGAGCUGAAGAGGCAAAUGGACCGCAGAAGAACCGAGAAAAUCAACUUGGCUAAGACCAAAGAGAAACAUCUAGCAGAAGAAGAAAAGAUGGAGAUCAAUAAGUCGUACGUCAAUGAAGUGGUGCAGAACAUCAAACGGCUGGAGGAGACCCAGGCCAAGCGGCAGGAGCAGCUGGUGGAGCAGCACAAUCAACUGCUGCAGGAGAUACAAGAACAGAAACCCAAGCUGCAGGGCGCCAUCGAGGCCGAGUUCCAGGAGAAGUUUGAGCGAUUGCCCGGCGAGAUUGGAGACUUCCUGCGGGACAGGAGGCCGGAGGUCCGGGGGCACAGCAAGUCCCGAGCGUCCACCCCCGACGAGAUUCUCUCCGAGGACGACUGAAGACCGCGUCGAGAAAAGUCCAAAGCGAGAAAGCGGCCGUCCGUUCGCAAUGCGGCGGGGCGGACGCUUCCUUGGGACUUGGCUCAAGCGUCCGGAGGCGGCCCCGGACGACCAACGAUUCUUCCUACCGACCGAAACAAGAUUCGCCGUUUCUGCCCCCCCGGCCUACCUUCCUCCCUAGCCGCUUGACCUCCGUUGCCCAUCUGCCAAGCGAAGCGACUUCCCAAUCAACACGUCGAACAUCACCAACAACCCAGCUCCAUAUCGAGCUAGCUUCCUUCUUUCCUAACUCGCCGCCUACAAUGUUGACUUCAACUUGUCUAUUUAUCCUUUGUGUUGGUAGUCCAAAGGUUUCAUCCUACGUGGCCGUCUACCUCGGACCAGCGUUCCUUCCUCGCGACGAGGUGUUCCUUGCUACCUAUUCAGCCACCUUCCAAGCUUCCUGGCUCAACAAUAGCCCGUUUGGUUUUGUUGGUUUUGGCCUACACCCAAACUAAAUCCUCCAUCCUGGACCUUGAACCGGUUUAAAGCAUGUUUGGAUUCUGUUAUUUUAUUAUUAUCAGUCGUAGUAGUAGUGGUGGUCGUAUUUUUUUUUUCAUAUUCUCUUGAUUUACUUGAUGAAGUCAAAUCCAAGACUGGAGAUCAACUUUUGGGGGUCAUCGGUCAUGUCUGCAAGCGGCACGUGUUCAACUGGAAUGUCUUUUGGCCUUUUGUUUUCUCUCGCUCUCCCCGCAUGAAGUUUGACGCUGCGCUUAUUUCAACAAGGCGAGACUUUCGCAACGGCGCCUUUGCCACCGACUGUUAGCCUCAUCGAGUUGCGGCAUCCGAACGAUCCAACGGGACUUGUGAUCAUGAUGUCAUUUCUUUUACACGCCGAAAACCAAACAACAACAGUUUUCAAAGCCAUCCGAAGAUUCCUCUGAGUGCUAACGGCAGCAUCCGUGUAGACUCGGUUGCAUGACGUCUUUGUUUUCAGCUCAGAGUGACAUUUUCAAAUGACAGCCGUCAAAUCAAAACGCUCUCCCUCCCCCAUGGUGUGAAUAAGGACUAACAAAUGUUAUUUGUGAUGAUUAUUAUUUAUUUUUUUGUGGUUGUUGUCGUUUUGUUCUCGAAAGCAAAAAAGGAGCUUCUUGCGUCUGAACUUUCAACUGCAUCCAACAACUUUUUGGCGGGAAACUUUUUGAUUGGCCCAUAUGUGAACCGGUGACAAUUUUUUUCCCCGUGGCAGAUUUCACUGGUCCGCAUGUGCCAAGUAUUGAGCAUUCAUCACUUCAUCGACUGCGCAUGCUUUGCUUUGCACUUCUUCUUUGUUUGGACUGGAUCUCAUUUCAACAGCACGUCGGAAAACCUUGCUCUGCAUAUUCUUGGACAUGAG